CCUCCCUCAGUUUAACUGCGCUCUGCCUCAGUGUAGUAUCCCACCAGCCUCUCUCUCUCUCACACACACUCACACAUUCACUCACACAAACUCUCUCACACACUCCAGCUGCUGGGGAGCCGAACCUAUCGAGAAGAGAAGAAGAACGAAGAAACGGAGGAGAAGGAAAAAGAGGAAAAAGAUACAAUACAGUAAUUUUUGUUUUUCUUUUUAAUGAUGAUGAUGAUGAAGAUGAUGCCACCCCUACUCCUCUUCCUCAGUGUGAGUGGGGUGUCUCUGACCCCAGUGACUCCUGAUGUGACCUCCUCUCCCACCGACCCACCGGACCUGUGUGAGGGGCGGCCGUGUCUGAACGGAGGAGUGUGUACUCCGCUCCAGGACGCCGACGGACACUGGACUUACACUUGCACCUGCAGCCCGGCCUUCUCUGGACACAACUGUGAGUUCUUUGCCGACCCCUGUGCCAGCGGUCCCUGUCUCCAUGGCAACUGUAGCCGGGAAACGGAUGGCACUGGGUUCAUGUGCGAGUGCAAUGAAGGCUAUGGGGGAGUCAGGUGUGACCAGCCCACAAUGACCUUUGACCUCACCGAGUCCUGGGACCUGGCAGAGAGCCCCGCCCCUGAGAGCGCCACCUUGGCCACUCUGGCGUCAACAACACAGCCGUCCCAACCAAUCGUAGUCCAAACUACCACUCAGGCCCCUCCCACCCUGCAGCCAUGGCAACCCAAACCUGGGCAGAGAGUGAUGGAGAUCCAGUGGGAUGAGCAGCAGAUCACUGAUGGCUCAGAGUGCAUAAACGUUGCAGGUCCUGACUCUGCUGGACUGAUGACGGUGUCAAUGGAGGUUGCUGAGGAAACUGCUGUAAAGCUGGUGGUUAAUGUUAGCAGUGCUGUGUUAUGGCGUGUGAGGGAUGGAGGAUAUUCACGCUGCUCUGUAGAUGAUGGCACCAUCAUUUGGUUCCAGCAGGCGACCGAUGGCCUGGUCAUCCCUGAUCAGUCCCUUCCACUCGGACACAACUACUUCAUUACUGUGCUGCGUGUUGGCUCCCCCUCUGGUCCGGAGGUGACGGUGAGAAUGCAGCUCAUAGUUAAGGCCAGCAGCUGCACAGAGCCAGGCAGUGGCUUCAGCGACCCACAAUGCUCUGGGAGAGGGACGUGCAUCACUCAGCCAUCAGUGAACACGUUUUACUGCCAGUGUGAGGACGGAUAUUCCGGUAUUUUCUGUGAGGAGUUUGAUGCGUGCCACACAAAACCGUGUGAAAACAAUGGCACCUGCACUGACCUGAGACAGGGAGACGAGGGACGCAACUACACCUGUACCUGCCCACCAGGGUUCGAGGGGGACAGAUGUCAGGCUCUGGUGGAUCACUGCGCUUCAGAGCCCUGCAGGAAUGGAGCCACAUGCACCAGCACCCUGGACGGACCACACUGCUACUGUGCAGAGGGUUAUCAGGGCAGUGUUUGUGAGGUGAGGGUGGACCCAUGUCUGUCCACUCCGUGCCACAAUAACGGUACCUGUUACCCUCAAGUUGGUGGGCGGGGUUUCAGCUGCACCUGUCCAACGGGCUUCACCGGACCCACCUGUGGUCAGCUGGUGGAUUUCUGUGCUCUGAACCCGUGUGCCCAUGGUGUGUGUCGCAGCGCCGGAACCAGCUACAGGUGUCUGUGUGUUCCAGGAUAUCAUGGUCUGUACUGUGAGGAGGAAUAUAACGAGUGUUUAUCGGCUCCGUGCCAGAACUACGCCACCUGCAGGGACCUCAUCAAUGCCUACGAGUGUGUCUGCACCCCACAGUACACAGGGAGGCACUGUGAGAUCUAUAAGGACCCGUGUGUGAGGCUGCAGUGUGUGAAUGGAGGCCACUGUGAGAGCAGAGGAAGCAACGCUAGCUGUGUGUGUCCCCAAGGAUACACAGGACUGAAUUGUGAGGUUGACAUCAAUGAGUGUGAGAGCAACCCGUGUCACCAUGGUGGUACCUGCGUUGACCAAUCAAACGGCUUCACCUGUCACUGUGCACCUGGCUGGGUGGGUGGGAACUGCGAGAUCCAUCUUCAGUGGAAGAUGGCUCACCCAGUUGACUCUCUCACUAACAUGCCUCGUCACUCUCUCUACAUCAUCAUCGGAGCACUGUGUGUGGCCUUCGUCCUCAUGCUCAUCAUCCUAAUUGUGGGAAUUUGCCGGAUCAGCCGGAUUGAGUACCAGGCUUCCUCCCGUCACGCAUACCAAGAGUUUUACAACUGCCGCAGCAUCGACAGCGACUUCAGCAAUGCCAUCGCCUCCAUACGCCAUGCCAGGUUUGGAAAGAAAUCCCGGCCAGCCAUGUACGACGCCGCUCCCAUCUCUUAUGAAGACUACAGUCCGGACGACAAGCCACUCGUCACACUCAUCAAAACAAAAGAUUUGUAAAGCACUGAAUACAAACACACACAUACUCACACACACUCACACGCAUACAUAGAUCAUAGGUUCAAUUUAGCUGAUGCCAACCACUAAAGUAUUUAUUUACCUUGAUAAAGGUUAAAAAAAGAAGAAACAAAGCUGUAAAAAAGUAAGUAAUAGAGUAAUUUAGAUGAAUUUUGGUAUUUAAUAGAUCUAUUUUACCACUGAAGCUUUGAGUUCACAUCAGGCAGUAGAGCGUAAAUUCACAGUAUAUUAGUGCUGUUCUGGAUUAGCAGCAGGAUAAACUCUUGUUUUCAGACACGGCUGUUGUGUGGAGGAUUAGAUGAUAAAUGCUGUACUGGUUCUGACUGUAGCAGAGGCUUUGAUAUUCAGACAGCAGGAGCGCUGGUAGUCUGAGCUGAACUUGUAGAUGUAGAACCUGCAGUACAGCGCGGUUAUGCUGUAAGUUGUUAUAAAGCUGUAGGAUGCCUUACGCUCUGCAUGGGUAGACUCGAUGGUUUCAGCUUUGAAAGAGUACAUCAGUGGUAUUCUGUCCUGAUCUCUAGUGUAUAGUCCAUCAACGAAGACCAUAAUUUGACCAAAAGUCUCAGAAUCAGAUCAAAUACCACAAAAUAGAAAAAUAACAAUACAGAAUCCAACAUGAGAAUGACCUCUAUCCACUUAAAGAAAAGUAAAAAAAAAAAAAACAAGUAAUCCAGAUGUACAGAGGGAGUCCCAGCUUUUUAUAUAAACUGCAUGUUUGAGCAAAAUCAUGUGUUCUCAGUUAAUUUCUCUGUUCUCUAUUCAGUGGCUGAGCCAUGGAAUAUUGGAUAUUGAGAGUAAAAUUGAGUUUUCCUUAAAUUCAAACAGAUAAGAAUGAGCUCUCUAAAUGUGUGAUUAAUCAGCUGAGUGUGUGACGACCAUCAACACUCACUGUAACACCCAACAUGUUUAAAAUCAUUCUAGGAAAGCUUAUUCAAUCCAUUUCAGCCUCUUCCCAAAACUUGUGACCAUAUAAGUUACAGCAGUUUAAAGCAUUUAAAGCAGUGUAGUGGUGUGGGCUGAGUUUUAGAUUUAGUUGGUUUCUGGUAUUUAGGGUUUAAACGUGUUAAAAUAAUGGUCUGCUAUAAUUUACUACUAUAGAUACAGCAGAUAGAGAUGAGGAUAGAACAUUCUGAAGUACUCCUUUACCCCCUGAAACCUUUUGUACUAUGUUGUUUAUCUGUUUUCUUUGGUGUUCUUUUCCAGAGUCUCAUGCCAUAAUAUUGGUAGUAGAAGAGUCUUAAAUGCCACUGUUUUGUGGAGGCAGCAUAUUUAAAACCAUUCUGCUUUUAAAAAGUAAUAUUUUGGUUGUUUGAUUUGACUCAGUUUAUGCACUAUAAGUACUAAUGUAGAAGAGGCAUAGUUAACAUUGUAUGGUUAAUACAGAGUGUUCAUCUGGCUCCAUUCUCUCUCUGUCACUCUCUCUCUCUCUCUCUUUCAGGCUCUCUCUCUUUCUGGCUGUAGUGGUCCUCUCAGGGUCCUCCUCCCAUCUCGCUCUCUCUCUCUUUCUCUCUCUCUGUCUCUCUCUCUGUCUCUCUCUCCCUGUAACAACUCGGUUCUCUUCUCACCCUGUUCUCCAGUGUCUCCCGCUCAUCCUCGUGCUGUUGUUGAUGUUGGUGAUGGUUGGCGUUUUAGAGCUGAUCUGGGAACAGUUUCUCUAUAGACUCAUAUUCAAGGACCCAUAUCAUGGUGUGUGGUGCAAUAGUUUAAAGGGGACAUAUUAUCUAAAACUUGUUAUUGUGACAUCACAUUAAAAAAACCUGCAUAGAACCAGCUUAUUUGCAUAUAAGUGACAAAGCCCUUAAACGGCUCAUCCUGAAGGGACUGAAACUCUCAUAUGAAUCAUAUGCUUUUAUAAGCCAUUUGGAUGCUCCCUUAUUGUGACUUUACAUUAAAGAAACCUGCAUAGAACCACACAAUUUCUGUCAUUUUGGUUUAUAACUUCAAACAGUACGCAGCAGAAUUAGCCAGCAGACUUUGUCUGAGGGAGGGAUCUGUACCUACUGUCCAAGGCAAGUCAGCAAAUGAGGGAAGUAUAAGAAGUUUUGUGCCUCUAGCAUAGUUAAGCAUGAACUUGCUUGUUUGUAAUUUGCCGUUUAGCACAAGCUAAAGCUAACUUGUGGUAAAUGCUCAGUGUAAACAUUGGGAAACAGAUUAUUUGCAUAAAAGUGACAGAGCCUCUAAAUGGUUGAUCCUAAAAGGGACUAAAACUAUUAUAAACUAUCAUAAUAAAGCUGCUAAUAUCUAUGUAUGUAAGAAUGAUUUUGUGCAAAGAACUUCAUGAACCUGUUUGUAUAUCCCAUAGACCUAUUCUAACUUGUGUAAAAAAGAGAUAUAUGUCCCCUUUAAAGACACGGUCUAUUUAAUUCUAAGCAUUAAAGAGAGGUUGGGAAAUAAUAGAAAAUGAUUGCAGUUGUGAUUAAAACAAAUCUUAAACACUCUAUAAAGAGGACAGUAUUGCUGGUCCCAGGUCAGCGCUAAAGGUCUUUAGCCAGAGCACUGUUUCUGUUAGAUAAAAGACAAAACCCAACGUGGUUCUAUAUGUGAAAUGAUGUAUUAAUAAAGGUGAACUCUUGUUUACUGAA